UGGAAAUCCUCGACAAAAACAAAAACAACGAUACCUCGAGAACAUUGUUCAAAGCAUAACAUCUUUUCGCAUUUUAUGGUUUCUUGGCAACAUUUUUUUUCCCCAAAAUGAAUCUAUCAAUUAUAAUCUUUAUAACAGGAUUAACUUUAUCAUCUUUUGGAAGAAUCCUUCCGUCCAAAAGUAGGGACAAAAUACAGUUAUUUAUAAAAUAUAUCAUCAUGGAUUCAUCAGCCAUCAUGACCGAAAUUCCUGAUUAUGAUCAGGAACUUUUUUCAAUGGAAAGAUUGAAAAAAUAUUUGAAUAUAGCCAUAAAAAGAUUUAAUCCAGUAAUAAAUUCACAUAAUUCGAUCAAAAAUUUUAUGAAAAAUGUACUGCAAAUUCAACGACAAUAUGAAAUUCGUCGAACAUGGACUCAUCAUUUUCGAUUGAAAUUGGCUUUACAUUUAUAUUGUUUAUUUCUUCAUGCUUCUCUGUAUAUAAUUGAUUACAGUACUCUUGAUCAUUUUCAACUAUUGAAUCAAGUCUAUUAUGAAAACGAACAACAAUGGACUGGCUGGAAUCCUCAUCUAAAGAUAAAUAUUUUUAAAAAAAGAUCAUGUCGUUCAGUGAAACGUUUUCUUGAUGGUGUACUUUUCUUUUUAUCACUAAUUACUGAAUUUUCUCUAGUAGCUAUGUCUUUCACUUUGUGGAAGAAUCGAACCGAAUAUUUAACCGAAAAAUCUAUAUUAAAUACAUUUCUAGCGAUAGGAUUUAUUUUGUUCGGAACGACAUUUUGUAGAAUUCGUUUUCAUUCAUUAUUGUUUCAUUUUGCUAAUGUAAUCAUAAUCGAAAAAUAA